CAUAAGAAAGAAAGAAAGAGGACAUUUGUCCUAACCAUUCUGAAUAAAUGAAUAGAUUUUCUUUAGACCAAACUCUCAACCGCUUGGACUACUUGCCAGCUUCACCUUCUUGUCUCAAUUCUUCACCCUAUUCUUGAAAGUGAGAGAUAAUCAUGGUGGAAUUAUUCUGAUUUCUGGCUCAUUUUGGAAGCUGCAAAAAGAAAAAGAAAACAUGGGUUCUGAUUCAAGAGUUGGAAGUAGCAACUACGAUUACUCCUUUAAGGUUUUGUUGGUUGGUGAUUCUGGUGUUGGCAAGAGUAGUCUUCUCCUCAGCUUCAUCUCCAACUCUAACUCCAUCAAUCACCUCUCCCCCACCAUUGGUGUGGAUUUCAAGAUAAAGCUUUUUACUGUUGGUGGUAAAAGAUUGAAGCUUACUAUUUGGGAUACAGCUGGACAAGAGAGGUUUGGAACAGUUAUAGGUUCUUAUUACAGAGGUGCACAUGGAAUCAUUCUUGUCUAUGAUGUGACACGGCGUGAGACAUUUACAAACCUCAUCGAUAUAUGGGCAAAAGAAGUUGAGCUUUAUUCAACUAAUCAUGAUAGCAUCAAAAUUCUUGUUGGCAAUAAGGUGGAUAAGGAGAGUGAAAGAGCUGUAAGCAAAGAAGAGGGUAUGGCUCUUGCACAGCAACAUAGAUGUUUGUUCCUAGAGUGUAGUGCUAAAACUAGAGAAAAUGUUCAACAAUGCUUUAAUGAUCUCACAUUAAAGAUAUUAGAUGUGCCGAGUUUAAGGGAAAGGGGGUCUGUUGCAGUGAAAAGACAAAAGCAGAAACACAUAUAUGAGACAUCUAAAAGCGGUGGUUGCUGUUCUUAGUAAAUAUUCUGCAACAUGAUUGUGCAAUAGAUUUUACAAUAGGGACUACUAUAGUUACUAGUAGGUCUUUUGCAUCAUAUCAGGUGUCACAAUCACAUAGUUUGGACGAUCAUAUGCUCCAAUAUUUUUUCCAAGCCUAUUUCCAUAACUUCCACAAGAUGAUGCUUGAGAUGGAUAUAUUGUUCUCUCAUUAUCUUGUGGAGCCACAGCAUAACAAAUUUUGUGUUUUUCAAUAUAUUGUGCUUUUUUUCCCCCCUUCUGUUAUAGUUUUGGAAACACCUACACGGUAUUGUACAUCUUGUGUAAAUAUAUCUCCACUAUGAAUGUAUUAGGGCUGGUUUGAGAUUUGGUUAGAAUAGGAUAUACAGCAAAGUUACGAGUACUAUUUUUGGGUUUGGUUUA